CAAACGGCCGGAGACGGUGGACUGGAGAGAGAUUAAUAAGGGGAGACGCAGUUUGUUUUUAAGCAGAGCAUGUCACGUUUGCCAGUUAUGUCAAGCAAAAGGGUUCUCACAAGCAGCAGCAGCAGCUCAGAGAAUGCCCAAGACUUUGCACCUGCUCAGAAGAAAAGCCGUAAGGACUCAGACCCGGUUAAACCAAAGGCAGCAGCCACAGUAAUCGGGGCCAAGAGGCCUCCUGUUGGCUCAACCAGACCACCUCUUUCUAAGCCAGCCAGAGGAGGCGGGGCUGCCACUGUGGCUGUGGGUCCUUCCAGAGGUGUCCUGAAACCAUCUGUAGCUUCCACUGGAGCAAAAGGAGGCAACAUGAAGCAACCUGUUGUAUCCACUGGUACAAAAGCAGGUGGGACUGGUGCCCCCCGACGGCAUGCGUGGGACCUGAAGGGAAAAGUCAGCGACAUGGAGGAUAAGAUCCGUAACUACCAGACCAGGGUCAAAUCUGUUAACCAAGAGAAUGAGGUUCUGAAAGGCUCGAUGUUCCAGAGCCAAAACAAAGUGGUUGAAAUGGAGCAACAGCUUAUAAAGCAGAGGAGCCAGAUCAGUGACUAUGAGAAGGAGCUCCAGGUAUUGUCAGGUGUCCGGGAUGAGUUGGAGAAAGUGUCUACUGAUAAGAACUGUCUUCAGAAGGAGCUCUCCAAUUUAGAGGGAAAGUACAAGGUGAUGGAGACUCUUCGAGACAGCCAAGAGACAGAGCUGCAGACUCUAAAGAUGAAGCUGUCAGUGCAGGAGUCAACACUGGCCCGUCUGCAGGCAACUCUCAGAGACACAGAGGAGGAGGUCCGCUCUCUCAAAGAUACUGUGGCCCAGCAGAAGGACGAGCUUCAUGCCGGGGAGAUGGAGCGCAGACAGCUGCACAACACCAUCCAGGAGCUUAAGGGCAAUAUAAGGGUGUUUUGCAGAGUGCGCCCACUGGUGGAUGGUGGCCUCAGUAAGCACAUCCAGUUCACACCCACUGACAACAAGACGGUUACACUGGCCAAAACAGAGGAGUCUCACACAGGUAAAACUGCAGACACUCAGAAGAAUUAUAACUUCAGCUUUGACCGAGUGUUUGGCCCCCAAGCUUCACAACAGGAGGUUUUUGAAGAGAUCUCACUGCUGGUGCAGUCUGCACUGGACGGCUACAACGUCUGCUGCUUUGCCUACGGCCAAACAGGAAGUGGAAAAACCUACACCAUGGAGGGAGAUGAGUUUGAUGAGACCAGAGGCGUCAUUCCCAGAGCCGUGCAGCAAAUCUUCAAAGCAGCAGAGAAACUGGGAGCUCAAGGCUGGGAGUUCACCUUCACAGCAAGCUUUGUUGAGAUUUACAAUGAGACCCUGCGAGACCUCCUCUACACCGGCAAGGCAAGCAAGAGACCGGAACACGAGAUCCGAAAGUCAACCAACAACGAGAUAACAAUCACCAACCUGACCUACGAAAAGGUCUCCUGCGAGGAUCAGGUUCUCGGCUUGAUUGCCUUGGCCAAUCAGAAUCGCUCCACAGCUCAGACAGCCCAGAAUGACCGCUCAUCUCGCUCCCACUCAGUCUUCCAGCUGGAUAUUGAGGGAGUGCAUGCUGGCAGGGAUGUCAAAUGCAAGUCCACUCUGUGCCUGGUGGACCUGGCUGGCAGUGAGCGAAUGGUGAAGAGUCAGUCUCAGGGUGAGCGCUUCAAAGAGAUGACUGCCAUCAACGGCUCCCUGUCCAACCUGGGGAUCGUUAUCGCCGCGCUGGCCAACAAGGAGAGCUACGUUCCGUACAGGAACUCCAAGCUCACCUACCUUCUGCAGGGCUGCUUGGGAGGAAACAGCAAAACACUGAUGUUUGUGAACAUCGCCCCGGAGACAGACAGCUUUGGAGAAAGCCUCAACUCCUUGCGGUUUGCCAGCAAGGUCAACGAUUGCGUAAUUGGAACUGCAAGCGCAAACAGGAAGUAGAUCGAAGUUCCUGAACAGCUCGACUUUCUUUUUUUAUGUUUUUACCAUUAUGGUCACACCAGGAAGAGUUCAGUGUCACCAUUUCAUGCUUUUGACUAACCAGUUGUGCAGUUUGACACACACUCUGGCGCAAGUCAGUAAGAACCAAAAACCCUUGUAUAUUCUCAGGGCCUUCAUUACUAAUCAUUAACACAGGCUUUUAAAAAUUCUUCACACCUUCAUGUAAAUCAAGUGGAUGUGGACAUGUUCAUACUUAUAUAGUCUGAAUUAUUUUUAAACACUUAUAUGGGCUCUCUAGGCUUCUUGACUAAAGAGGUCAUUCUCUAGUCGAGACAUUUAAUCUUCAUGUCCUGUCAUAUUUUGAUAAAUGGACCCAUAAAGGUCUGUUUUUAUUUAAUUUUCGCAAUGUAAUAUGUGUAGCUUGCAGAGACUGCAGAUACAUGUAGUGUGAUUACUCAUACAGUGGUUUGUUUUUUUCGUUCUUGGUAACGUGAUUUUUUUCAAACUCUUUUAUAUGUACUCUCUGGCCCACCACACUGUAAUAAAGACAUUCAGUAGAUGUGCUACUUUAA